GAGCUUUAGAGCUGCGGACUCGUCGAGAGCCAGAAGAAGAUCGGUGCGCUGGAUGGAUGCAUGGGCGUCGGGGCGGAAUGUGUCAGAGUCAGCGGACUCGACUCGAUUCGGUCGGCGAUUCACAAAUUUGGCUUUUCAGCCGUAGCAUUGCAGCAAUUUUGUCAUGCGAUGCGAAUCGACGCGAAGGCGGGAGAAAAGCAUUCGGCUUGUUGAAGAUGCGAACUGGGGGCGAUUCCUGUGAGCGCCGUCGAUUGUCAGACAGGUCCUCGACGGAAUAUUUGCUCCGUCGUCUGGCAUGAAUGCUCAGGGAGAUGGUCACUAAUCACUGGAAAGGAAACAAGUUCUGCCCAUAGUUUGCUCGUGGAAAUAGAGGCUCUGAAGUCACUUAUUCACCCACCAGCUGCAGGUGGCCCGACUCUGAAGAGCAUCGAAUCAUCUGAAAAGGAGAUUUAUUACAGAACCUCCCGACUGCGGCUAUACCAACAUCAGCUAAUUCUUGUAGAAUUGGAAUCCAAUCCGUCUCGCUUCUACACCUCCUGCGGGUGAAGAAGGCAAGAUGACAUUGAAGGAGAGGCUUUUGGAAGUAUCAGGGGCGAUGGCCAAUAGUGACAACGGGCGUCCCCGCCGAGGGCAUCGUAAUAUUGAGGAUGGGCAUGGCUCGGACGCUCAUAAACGCACAGGUCACAAGAAGGCAACUCGUCGGGCCGCAAGUCUGACCGAGGAAGAAAUCGUGCGCCGGUUACAUGGGCGAAGUCAAGGCAGGGGGACCCCCACUCUCCGGCGUAGGUUUCUCAUUCGACUCGCCACUGCUCUGCAUAACUACGGAAGCUCUGCUUCUCGGACGGAGUAUCUGAUCGAGAAAGCAGCCAAUCGACUCGAAGUGGAUGUCAACAUUGCAGUGUUCCCGUCGCUAAUCCUCAUAGCCUUCCCGGGUGACGAUAACAACGAGUUCAUAAAAAAGGAGACGCACAUGCUCACAGUGGAUAGUGAGUUAGACGUGGAUAAGCUGGGACGAGCAGAUCAUCUUGCAAACCACGUGGGGAAGGAAACUCCUCUGCUGCUGGCCUACUGGAGACUGAAAGCCAUUGCGACAUCAGCACCCGAAUUUGGGCGAUGGUGGUGGCGUCUUUUGGGCUACGCGCUGUCAGCAGCUAUGUCUGCACAGCUAUUUUUUGACGGCAGCCUCUGGGAUGGUCUGUUGGCCCUGGCGCUGGGUCUCACCGUAGGCUUCAUGGACCUGAUUGCUGCAAGGUCUCCGCUGUUUGCUAGCGUUCUCGAGUUUGCUGCAGCAUUGGUCGUCUCGACUGCUGCUCGAUUGGCCAGUUACUACAUAACAGCAGUACCCUUAUGCUUCUUUUCAUUGGUGCUGGGAUCGCUGGUGCAGCUCCUCCCUGGAUUAUCUUUGACUCUUGGCGUGAGUGAAAUGGUAGCGAGAGCUCAUGUGACAGGCACAUCGAGAAUAAUGUACGCAUUCUUCUCAUCUCUGCAAUUGGGAUUUGGCAUCGCUGUGGGCGAAAACAUCGUGUUCUGGGCCCCGACUCCGCCGUCAUCAGGAUGUGAACCUACUGGACUAUCGUUUUGGUGGAGCAUAUUGUGGUUCGCUGGAUUCUCACUCGCGUCUAAUAUUCUGCUCAACGCACGCGUCGACCAGUGGCCGGGAAUGAUCGUAACUGCAGGAGUUGGCUAUAUCGUGUCGACGUUCGCUUCCCUUCGACUGGGAAGCAGCACAUCUUCUGUCAUCGCGUCAUUCGCUGUGGGGUUGACAGGCACUGCGUAUUCUCAUUUUCAAGGUGACCUGCCUUUGGUGAUGGUUCUAUCGGGAAUACUUCUGCUGGUUCCUGGAGGAAUAGGAGUGCGGGGAGUGGCUACGAUGCUGCAAGAUGACGUCUUGAGUGGCAUGGGCUUCGUCAUCGACAUGAUGGUAGUUGGGCUUUCCAUCACGAUAGGGCUUCUCUUGGCAAAAAUUGUGCUUCCCACUGGCCUUUACGGCAUAGGGAAGACGAAUGCCAACACUAAGAGCACUCUGGCGGCGCAGCUAGAGGAGGAUAAGGCCUCGGACAGCGAUUCUGAGCCUUCUGACGAGGAAUGUAUGGCUAUCUGACCUCAUUACAUUGCCGACACAAGUACGUCGACUGGACUGUCCCUGCAAACUCGGAAUGGUUGACGAAAAAGGAUGGCCACAAAUUUGGAAAACUACGUGUCCAUGGCCAUCGAUAUCCUUCGAAAUCGUAUCAUGUAUGGGCCCUGCUUGAGACGGGAAGAAAGUCUCGAGUAGCGUCAUACACCAAGACUAGGAAUUGCCCGAGAAGUGCAGAGUUCGAACACAGGACCAUCAGUACUUCAGCUACAUCAUUAGCAGCUUCAAAGAUCAUAAUAUGUGCUUUACGAACAGAACGAUGAGUUGUAAAUUCCAGCAAUGUAAAUUUUGACUAGCUUAGCCUGUAUUAAAAAUAUACUCUUACGUUAGUAUCAAGUUUAGAUGUAAUACUCAGUUCUCAUAUCUGAACUUACACUCAAGUAAAGAUGGUACCUGC